GGCGGCGGCGGCGGUGGCGGCGGCCGCGCUCCUGCUCCCCAGCCGGAUCCCGCUCGGUCUCCCCGCGUCCACGCCCCGUCGAGCCCCCUGCCCUCCCGCCGCGGCCCCGGGCGGGGCGCGGCCACCACCGGCAAGCACCAUGCGCCCGGCAGCCCUGCUGCUGCUUCUGCCCUCGCUGCUGGCGCUCUUGGCUAACGGACUCUUCUCUGAGGCUCCAACCAUGGGGGAAGGACAGGCCCCAGGCCUCGAGGAGGCAGAUAGGGAGCUGACCGCAGCCCCCACACCGGAGCAGCCCCAACACGGCGUCCACUUUGUCACAACAGCCCCUACCCUGAAGCUGCUCAACCACCAUCCGCUGCUUGAGGAAUUCCUACAAGAGGGGCUGGAGAGGGGCGAGCUGAGGCCGGCACUGCCCUUUCAGCCUGACCCUUCGACACCAUUUACCCCGAGUCCCCUUCCCCGCCUAACCAACCAGGAUAGCCGCCCUGUCUUCACCAGCCCCACUCCAGCUGUGGCAGCAGUGCCCACUCAGGAGGGACCCUGGAGCCCCGGGUCAGCGUCUCCUAUGCUCCAUCUCACAGCUCCCCUCCCUCCAGGGCCCAGCAUGGCAGUGCCCACCCUGGGCCCCAGGGAGAAAUCCAAUGCUACCCCCACUAGUAGAGCAUGGACUCCAACCCAAGAGGGUCCUGGAGACAUGGGCAGACCCUGGGCUCCAGAGGUCAUGUCCCAGACCACAGGGUUGGGGAUCGAGGGUACUGUUGCCACUUCAACAGCUUCAGGGGAUGAUGAGGAGACAACCACCACCACCACCAUCAUCACAACCACCAUCACCACCAUCCAGCCACCUGGCCCUUGUAGUUGGAAUUUCUCAGGCCCAGAGGGCUCUCUGAAUUCUCCCACAAUUCCUAAUGCGCUCCCUGAUGUUGGCCUGGACUGUUUCUACUACAUCUCUGUCUACCCGGGCUAUGGUGUGGAAAUCAAGGUCCAGAAUAUCAGUCUCCGGGAGGGGGAGACAGUGACUGUGGAAGGGCUUGGGGGGCCUGACCCAUUGCCCCUGGCCAACCAGACUUUCUUACUAAGGGGCCAGGUCAUCCGCAGCCCCACCCACCAAGCAGCACUGAGGUUCCAGAGUCUUCCACCUGCUGCCGGGCAUGGCACCUUCCAUUUCCACUAUCAAGCCUAUCUCCUAAGCUGUCGCUUUCCCCGACGUCCAGCUUAUGGAAUUGUGACUGUCACCAGCCUUCAUCCAGGGGGCAGUGCCCGUUUCAGCUGUAUCACUGGCUACCAGCUGAAGGGUGCCAGGUUCCUUACCUGUCUGAAUGCCACCCAGCCCUUCUGGGAUUCUCAGGAGCCUGUCUGCAUUGCUGCCUGUGGAGGAGUGAUCCGUAAUGCCACCACGGGGCGCAUUGUCUCUCCUGGCUUCCCCGGCAACUACAGCAACAACCUCACCUGCCACUGGCUGCUUGAGGCUCCUCAGGGCCAGCGGUUGCACCUACACUUUGAGAAGGUCUCCCUGGCUGAGGAUGAUGACAGGCUCAUCAUUCGCAAUGGGGACAACGUGGAGGCCCCGCCCGUGUAUGAUUCGUAUGAGGUGGAGUACCUGCCCAUUGAAGGCCUGAUCAGCUCCGCUAGACACUUCUUUGUGGAGCUCACUACUGACAGCAGUGGGGCAGCUGCAGGCAUGGCCCUGCGCUAUGAGGCCUUCCAGCAAGGCCACUGCUAUGAGCCCUUUGUCAAAUACGGCAACUUCAGCAGUAGCGCACCCUCCUACCCUGUGGGUACCACCGUGGAGUUCAGCUGUGAUCCGGGCUACACCUUGGAGCAGGGCUCUAUCAUCAUUGAGUGUGUUGACCCCCAUGACCCACAGUGGAAUGAGACGGAGCCAGCCUGCCGAGCCGUGUGCAGCGGGGAGAUCACCGACUCAGCAGGGGUCGUACUCUCCCCCAACUGGCCGGAGCCCUAUGGCCGUGGGCAGGAUUGCAUCUGGGGUGUGCACGUGGAAGAGGACAAGCGCAUCAUGCUAGAUGUCCGAGUGCUGCGCAUAGGCCUUGGUGACGUUCUCACCUUCUAUGACGGGGACGACCUCACAGCCAGGGUUCUUGGCCAGUACUCAGGGCCCCGGGGCCACUUCAAGCUCUUUACUUCUAUGGCGGAUGUCACCAUCCAGUUUCAGUCAGACCCUGGGGCCUCCAUGAUGGGUUACCAGCAAGGCUUUGUCAUCCACUUCUUUGAGGUGCCCCGCAAUGACACAUGUCCAGACCUGCCUGAGAUCCCCAAUGGCUGGAAGAACCCGUCGCAACCUGAGCUGGUGCACGGCACUGUGGUCACUUAUCAGUGCUACCCAGGCUACCAGGUGGUGGGAUCCAGUGUCCUCAUGUGUCAAUGGGACCUAACUUGGAGUGAGGACCUGCCCUCCUGCCAAAGAGUGACUUCCUGCCAUGACCCUGGGGACGUGGAACAUAGCCGCCGCCUCAUAUCCAGCCCCAAAUUUCCUGUGGGGACCACUGUGAAGUAUAUCUGUGACCAGGGGUUCGUGCUGACAGGAAGUGCCACCCUCACCUGUCAUGACCGCCAUGCCAGCAGCCCCAAGUGGAGUGACCGGGCCCCCAAAUGUCUCUUGGAGCAGUUCAAGCCAUGCCAUGGCCUCAGUGCCCCUGAGAACGGUGCCCGUAGCCCUGAGAAGCGGUUACACCUUGCGGGGACAACUGUCCACUUCUCAUGUGCCCCGGGCUAUGUGCUAAAGGGGCAGGCCAACCUCAAGUGUGUACCUGGGCACCCCUCACACUGGAGUGACCCCCCACCCAUCUGCAGGGCUGCCUCUCUGGAUGGGUUCUACAAUGGCCGCAGCCUGGAUGUUGCCAAGGCACCUGCUGCCUCUAGCACUCUGGAUGCUGCUCACAUUGCUGCUGCCAUCUUCCUGCCACUGGUGGCAAUGACACUCUUGGUGGGAGGUUUGUACCUUUACUUCUCCAGGCUCCAAGGGAAAAGCCCCCUGCAGCUGCCCCAUGCACACCCACGUCCCUAUGACCGCAUCACCGUGGAGUCGGCAUUUGACAAUCCAACUUAUGAGUCUGGAUCUCUUUCCUUUGCAGGAGACGAGAGAAUAUGAAGUCUCCAUCUAGCUGGGGUGGCCAGAAUGGCCAGAGUUCCCAGCCUCCUGCUCUUCCGCUGCCUCCUGUACAUACCACUGGGGAAGAGAUGCCACCAACCCCCAUGGAGCCGUGCCCGUCCACACCUGCAGUGCCCUCUAAGGCCUGUGCUCUUGGAUACCAGGGCCCAAGAUAGAACACAGCCAGAUUGUGCACAUUCACAACCAGCAUCCUCCUGCCUCUCCAUCACACCCCAACCUCCAACCUGAAAUUCAUGGUGUGGGGAGUACCUCUUCAUGGAAUCCUCUCCUGGCUGAUGACAUUCUGCAGCAGGAUUGACAGUAAUGGGGACCACACCAUGGUGCACCCCAUGGCACCAUUGCCAGUGGCCACUACUGCUCUCAACAGUGAUCUAGGAGCUUGACACCCCCAGUCCUUCCCGCAAAGAUCUCUGCUCCUUGCUCCUCAUUUUAAGGACCUGGGAACAGACAGUUCUGCCUCCUGCUCCUUUAAGUAGAGUCAAUUAUUUUAAUGGACUCUCAGAGGUUUAGGGCCCCUAUAUGAAGCUCAGGUUGGGCUUCCCUAGGCACGUAUAUGCCAUUCUUAGGCAGGUUGCUCCCUUCUCUGCUGGCUGCCACCUGCCUCCUGGGCAUGAGCCAUUUUCUUUGAUAUCAGAGGGGCUGUUACAUUCUCUUUCCCACGAGGUUCUCCACCCACCCCAGCUACUUGCCAGGUUCUACUCCUGGCCAAUGUGUUUUGGAAUAAGGGAUGUGAGCAGGCACAGUUUAGAAAGGAGCAGAGGUCCAAGGAAUUUGGCACUGGAGGGAAUCAGAAAGUACUCCAAAGCAGUCCAGGAACUAGCUACAGGCCCCAUAGAACCUGUAAUGUAUUAUACGGGAUGUGGACUCCAACCAGAGAACAAUCUUCUAUUUCUGUUGUUUCCUUAUUAAAAAGGUGUUUUUGAAAAAACAUGAA